AUGAAUUUCCAUGUUUGGCCUACUAUCACUAUCUACAAGAUGUUUACUGCUCAAUUCUACAUUGCUUUAGGAGUUGGUUAUCUUCUUGCUCAUGUUUCAGGCCCAUUGACUGCAAUAUUUUUAGUAAACUACUUUGACAUCAAGACAAAUAAAUGCUCAGAAGGUGGGAUUUCAACUAUCAGAUGCAAAAUCAAUAGUGGAACUCUUUUAUAUUAUUUCAUCAUUGGAUUUGUUCAUGCUCUAGGAGCAGAGUUUUGGAAAAAUGCUCAAGUUGAUAGAUUGAGAGAUGGAGUUUUUCCCUUGUUUUCCUUCACAGAAAACUCUUCAUUUUCAUUGUAUCUGGGAUCACUGUCUAUAGUCCACAUCUUGGAUAAAUUAUUGGAUUCUCAAGUGGAUCAUGUUCUUUGGUCAUAUCUAUCUACAGUUUUAUUCUUGUACCAGUGA